GGCUUUAAAAUCUUUUUUUCAUCUUCGAGCUGUAGCUCGGGCUGCUCGUCGGCUCGGCCUCUCCCCUUUUGCUCUCCGCCUCGCCUUUCCCCAGGACUUCGCUAUUUCUCUUUAAAAAAAAAAAAAAGAGGCAAGAAAGAACUCCGCUCCCCCCUCCCUUUCCUCCAGCCCGGCUGCACCUCUGUCUUGCACUUUGCACGGAGGGAGGAAGACCGCGAGGUUGAGAGAGAGGAAAGAAAAAAAAAAACAAGCCAGGCAGAAGAGGAGGCGAGAAGCAUGAAGUGUUAACUCCCCCGUGCCAAGGCCCGCGCCUCCCGGACAGCGGCCCGCCGCGCCUCCAGCCCGGAGCGGCCGCCGCGCGCGCCCCGCCUGCAGCCCGGGCCGGCGAGGCGAGCACUCCUUAUGCAAAACGCGCAGCGGAGCGGCGAGCGGGGGACGCCGCGCACCCAGCCGGGCUCUUCUGGCUUCGCCGCCGCCGCCGCCGCAGCCCGCAGAGGACCUUCCCGAGCCUGAAGCCGCCGGCUCGGCGCGCUAGGAGGCGAGCAGGCGAGGAGGGGCCGGGGCGAGCGAGCAAGCACAUUGGCCCCAUCUGGCGGAGCGGCGGCGGCGGCGGCGGCGGCAGGAGAAUGGCAUCAGAACUGGCAAUGAGCAACUCCGACCUGCCCACCAGUCCCCUGGCCAUGGAAUAUGUUAAUGACUUCGAUCUGAUGAAGUUUGAAGUGAAAAAGGAACCGGUGGAGACCGACCGCAUCAUCAGCCAGUGUGGCCGUCUCAUCGCCGGGGGCUCGCUGUCCUCCACCCCCAUGAGCACGCCGUGCAGCUCGGUGCCCCCUUCCCCCAGCUUCUCGGCGCCCAGCCCGGGCUCGGGCAGCGAGCAGAAGGCGCACCUGGAAGACUACUACUGGAUGACCGGCUACCCGCAGCAGCUGAACCCCGAGGCGCUGGGCUUCAGCCCCGAGGACGCGGUCGAGGCGCUCAUCAGCAACAGCCACCAGCUCCAGGGCGGCUUCGAUGGCUACGCGCGCGGGGCGCAGCAGCUGGCCUCGGCGGCCGGGGCCGGCGCCGGCGCCUCCCUGGGCGGCAGCGGCGAGGAGAUGGGCCCCGCCGCCGCCGUGGUGUCCGCCGUGAUCGCCGCGGCCGCCGCGCAGAGCGGCGCGGGCCCGCACUACCACCACCACCACCACCACCACGCCGCCGGCCACCACCAUCACCCGACGGCCGGCGCGCCCGGCGCCGCGGGCAGCGCGUCCGCCUCGGCCGGUGGCGCGGGCGGCUCGGGCGGCGGCGGCCCGGCCAGCGCCGGGGGCGGCGGCGGCGGCGGAGGCGGCGGCGGCGGCGGCGGCGGGGGCGCGGCGGGGGCGGGGGGCGCCCUGCACCCGCACCACGCCGCCGGCGGCCUGCACUUCGACGACCGCUUCUCCGACGAGCAGCUGGUGACCAUGUCGGUGCGCGAGCUGAACCGGCAGCUGCGCGGGGUCAGCAAGGAGGAGGUGAUCCGGCUGAAGCAGAAGAGGCGGACCCUGAAAAACCGCGGCUAUGCCCAGUCCUGCCGCUUCAAGAGGGUGCAGCAGAGGCACGUCCUGGAGUCCGAGAAGAACCAGCUGCUGCAGCAGGUCGACCACCUCAAGCAGGAGAUCUCCAGGCUGGUGCGCGAGAGGGACGCGUACAAGGAGAAAUACGAGAAGCUGGUGAGCAGCGGCUUCCGAGAAAACGGCUCGAGCAGCGACAACCCGUCCUCUCCCGAGUUUUUCAUAACUGAGCCCACUCACAAGUUGGAGCCAUCGGUGGGAUACACCACAUUUUGGAAGCCCCAGCGUCAUGUGCUUACCCGUGUAUUCACAAAAUGAAAUUUACGUGAGAACUGUAUUUUUAUUAUUUUUAUUACUAUCUGCAGUCAUGGAAAACAGCCUACCCCUGACUUCUGUUUAGUUUCCUUUUUAAAAAAAUAAAUGU